AUGGAUCUAGCCAGUCUCCUCCACGCCGCUCCUAAGCGCGCUUGCCCCGAGGACUAUGACUAUCCUACUACAUACAAGCGCUCCCCGCAACCACCUCUCUCCCCCCCGGUGGAGGACCAGCCCAAGUGCUCGCUGCCUUCGAUCACUGCUCUCCUCGAGGGUGCUGAUGGUCAUUCUGCCAAACGUCAACGCCUGAGCCCACCUGCUCACCAGCGCGAUGCCCGCUACGACACUGUCCAUCUCCCACCAACACCACCAUUGCGCCCUGGUUCCGGCUCCGGCCACCACCACAGCCACAGCAGCUCUCCAGUCGAGGCCAAAGAUGUCCACCGCGCCUCCGUCUCCUCAACAAGCUCUCACUCCCACCACCACCAUCACCACGGGCCUUACGCUUCACCCGCACCAAGCGUCUCAUCAUACACCUCCCCAGUUGAUGGACCUGUGUACUACCGCCCCCAAACAACCACAACGUUUGCGCCUAGCAUCCCACCAACCCUUUCCCACCCUCAAUCAGGCUCCCCACCACACACCCAGCAGUCUCUGCCCCAACAAUCUCAAUCUCAAGCCGCCGGCCCUACUACCGCCGCACCCCCUGCCUCUUCUCCAUCUCUCAUCUCCCCAGUCACUCCCGCCUGGCAACACCACCACUACUUCCCCCCUUCAACCGCAACACCUUACCAGCAAAACCACGACCGAUAUAUCUGCCGCACUUGCCACAAGGCUUUCUCCCGCCCUUCUUCGCUGCGCAUCCACUCCCACUCGCACACCGGCGAGAAGCCAUUCCGCUGCACUCACGCCGGCUGUGGCAAGGCCUUCUCUGUACGCAGCAACAUGAAGCGCCACGAGCGUGGUUGUCACUCUGGCCGUGCGGUGCCACCUCCUGCUACGGCUCUGGUUGCUUAA